GAGACGCUGCGCGACGACUACAGGCUGCACUGGAUAGCGUGCUCCAAGCUGCUGGACCCGCCACCUCUCAUCACGAUGCCGUUCCUCUUCCCGAACAACCCACAGCCGCACUUCAUCGAGACCCACGCCCCCUCGAUCAAUUUCGCGAAGCUCACGAAUCCAGACAGCCUCGCGUUCUACGUGACUUUCGUGAUGAUGAGGAACCCAGCCACGUACCACAUGCCGCUCCCGACGGGCCAUCACUUAACAGAGCAUUUCAAGCGCCUCAGGAAGCUAGAGUUCGCCGACUCGAAUUACACGAUCUGCGCGCAGCCAGAGGUUCUCUCCCUCCUCGUCUAUUUCGUGACUCCGCUGAAGAUGAAUUUCUGGCAAAACAUCGCGAAUUUCGACCUGCUUCCGACUCCAGCGCUCCUACGGGCCUCGCUCAAGCCGAUCACCAUCCUGGGCUGGGACCCCUUCUCGCUCAAGGGCGAACCAGGCCGACUCGACCUCAUCUCCGACACGUGCCGCAGCUACCAGGCCAUACUCUGUGUCGGCACGAAGAUACGACAACGCACUCCCGACACGCCUCACCACGUGGACGAAUCCCUGCAUCAUCACUGGGUCCACUUCGGAUGGGGCCGCGGCGCCCACACCAACAGCUCUGCGGGCUGCAGCGUAGCUCUUGCCAAGCGCCACUUCCGACGCAGCGACAUUGUCAAGAUUCUCCACCCACCGACACCCGACCUCCGCGGACGAGCUGGAGCAGUUGAAGUACACAGAGGACCACUACGCCUGCGCUUCGUCACUGCCUACUUCCCACCACGCCCCAACGGACCUGGACAGCAUCGAGCUUGGCGCCAUGGAUGUCAACGGCUCUGGUCCUGGGUGCUCACCGCCGUGCGCGACGUCCCGUCUCGUGUCACUCCGAUCCUCUUCACGGACCUCAACCAGGGACUGGGCCGCCGAGCGCGGCAGCCGUUCACAGACACCUCCAUCGGCCCACACCAGGGCGGCGACGAGACGGAGUUCGGCAGGUACGUCCACGACCAGAUGCUCCGCAACGAACUCACGGCCUACAACACGCACGCGGACGUUGGCUACACGUACUAUGGGCCCAAACGAUCCCGCUCGCGCAUCGACUACUUCAUUGGCCCCGACAACGUCACUGAAAUCAUCAAGUACAUCCGCCUCAACUGGAAGAUCCACAGUAUCCUACGGUGCCUCCACCACGCCCCCGACCACAUCCCAAUGGCCAUGCAGCUCAAGGUCCCUGUCAGCAGCGGCUCUCCACUCCAGCACCACAUACCUUGGGACUGGGGCCUCCUCGCAGCGGGACUUCAAGUUGGACACCAGCGUGCCACCUUCAUUCAGGACGUCGCCACCACCAUCGAGUCCCACCGCGAAGCCUUUCGUGUCAUCAAAAUGGACCAAUUCCCCACCAGACACAACGCAUUGCUGGCACACAUCAUCCGCGAGUGCAGCCGCAAGUACUACACCAAGGAGGGCCAACAACCACACUGGUACCAGCAGGCACGCCACGACCGCCUGGACCUGCUCAAGCUCCGAGCACACCACAGAGCGCGACGCCUACCCUUCAACAGCACCGUCCUUCGCGACAUUCAACGUCAAUUACGAGCCCACCAACGAUGGAUGGACUACUGGUGGAAGGCCAGUCUGGACCAGGACAUACGAGACGCAUGGGCAUCACGUGACCUCUCUCGCGCGGCUCACCUCACCUACUUACGCGCGGGCCGCCGCACUGGACCACGACGACGCUCAUGCCUUGCGCUGCCGUCCACGCGCCCCGCAGCCGCUGAGUACACCGCCGCCCUCGGCGAACUGGCUAUCAAUGGAGGCAUGACGGCCACCCCCGCCUACGUCAGCAUGUACAUCGACGACCCCGCUACCAUCCCGCGCAUGCUCGAGCGCGCCAACGACUUGGCACCGGUGGGGGAAUUCACUGGUGCACCCGACACCGCCGACGUCGAGGCCGCCGCUGAG